GAAACUGGGAGCAAGAGAGGCGCGUGGGGCUAGAAAGAGGUAGUGUGCUGCGGCGCUCUGGCCUGACACCGAGGGCCUCUCAGUGGCUUCGGAGGACCUGGUGGGCCGGGUAGUGCUGGUGAGGAGGCGGAGCUGGCGGGUCUAGUCCUCUCCAAGCCGCUCGCGUUUGUUUAGAUUCACGGUUGCCUUCUUUCGCGCUGAACUCCUGGGCUAGGCGCAACCAAAGCUCGGAAGUUGUGCUAGAUAUCCAACCCGAGAUCUCCUUGCUGAAACUUAAUCUAGAGCACCCUACAUAUCUAAUUUUUUGGUUCAGCUUCCGCGCUCCCCUAGGUGGCCCUUCCCUGACCACCUGCUCAGCCUCUCCCGCCAAGGAGGGGCUGCUUUUUUCUCCACCAGAAAGGUUCAGCUGGCCCAGCGGUUUCGAUGUGAGGGAGGCACAAGAGCCUAAGCCAGGCUUGCACAGUGAGUCCUGACUCCUUGUACAUCCCAGACCACCGUCCUAUGGCCUCAGACCCAGGGCCAAGGUCUGUUGAUGUACCAGGACAGAGGGCCACGGAUGAACCGACACCUUGAAUCAGAGGAGCAGAACCAGAGACUGGAGCAGCAGGUCACCAGGAGUUGGGGCCGCAGGCCUAGGAGAGCCCUGCACAGGGCUGAGGCCAUGGCGCCCCCACCAGCACCACUGGCUGCCAGCACCCCGCUCCUGCAUGGCGAGUUUGGCUCCUACCCAGCCCGAGGCUCACGAUUUGCCCUCACCCUCACGUCACAGGCCCUGCACAUACAGCGGCUGCUCCCGAAGCCCGAAGCCCGGCCCCGGGACGGCCUUGUGCCCCUGUCUGUGAUCUCAGGCUGCUGCACCCUGAGAAGCCACAGUCCCUCAGACUCGGCGGCCUACUUGUGCAUCUAUACCUACCUUCGGGGCCGCCGCGGGGGCCGCCGCCGCGCUGCCCGCACCUUUCAGGCCGAUGGGGCUGCGACCUAUGAGGAGAACCGCGCCGAGGCCCAGCGCUGGGUCGCUGCCCUCAUGAGUCUGCUCCGAGGAUUGCCGCUGCCUGGGGAAGACGAGAUCACCCCUGAGCUCCUUCCACGGCCGCCCCGGUUGCUACUCUUGGUCAAUCCUUUUGGAGGACGGGGCCAGGCCUGGCAGUGGUGUGAGAACCACGUGCUGCCCAUGAUUUCCGAAGCUGGGCUGUCCUUCAACCUCAUUCAGACAGAACGACAAAACCACGCCCGGGAGCUGGUCCAGGGGCUGAGCCUGAGCGAGUGGGAUGGCAUCGUCACCCUCUCAGGAGACGGGCUGUUCUAUGAGGUGCUGAAUGGGCUCUUAGAUCGCCCAGACUGGGAGCAGGCAGUGAAGAUGCCCCUGGGGAUCCUCCCCUGUGGCUCAGGCAACGCACUGGCUGGAGCUGUGAACAGGCAUGGGGGGUUUGCACCAGCCCUGGGCCUGGACCUGCUGCUCAACUGCUCCCUGCUGCUCUGCCGGGGUGGCAGCCACCCCCUGGACCUGCUUUCUGUGACCCUGGCCUCAGGCUCCCGCUGUUUCUCCUUCCUGUCUGUGGCCUGGGGCUUCGUGUCAGAUGUGGACAUCCAGAGCGAGCGCUUCCGAGCCCUGGGCAGAGCGCGAUUCACCCUGGGUACAGUGCUGGGCCUCGCCACGUUGCGCACCUACCGUGGACGCCUCUCCUACCUCCCCACCGCUGUGGAGUCAGCCUCACCAGGCCCUGCGCAUGGCCUGCCCCGGGCCAAGUCAGAGCUCACCCUGGCGCCAGCCCCAGCCGCACCUGCAGCGCACUCGCCCUUGCACCGCUCAGUGUCUGACCUGCCCCUGCCCCUGCCCGUGCCCGUGCCCCAGCCCACCCUGGCCUCCCCUGGCUCGCCUGAGCCCCUGCCUGUGCUGUCCGUCAAUGGUGGGGUCCCAGAGCUGGCUGGGGACUGGGGUGGCUCUGGGGAAGCUCCAUUGUCCCCAGACCCACUCCCGCCCUUACCCUCAGGCUCCCCCAAGGCAGCUCCACUCCCUCCCAUCACAGAAGGGCACCAGGAAAUGCCAGCAACUUCUGGACUCCCACCCAGUACCCCUGCUGCGCCAGCAGCCUCUCCUGGGGGCCCACAGGACCACCUGCUGCCUCCGUUGGGCAGCCCACUGCCCCCAGGCUGGGUGACACUGGAGGAGGAUUUCGUGCUGGUGUUGGCCCUCUCUCCCAGCCACCUGGGUGCCGACCUGCCCGCGAUUCCCCACGCGCGUUUUGACGACGGAGUGGUGCACCUGCUGUGGGUGCGGGGCGGGGUCUCGCGGGCCAUGCUGCUGCGUCUAUUCCUGGCCAUGGAGCGCGGGAGCCAUUUCAAUCUGGGCUGCCCGCAGGUUGGCUACGCCCCGGCCCGUGCCUUCCGCCUGGAGCCGCUCACGCCCCGCGGCUUGCUCACGGUGGAUGGGGAACUGGUGGAGUACGGGCCGGUGCAGGCCCAGAUACACCCGGGCCUCGGUACGCUGCUCGCGGGGCCUCCAGGCUGCGCCGGGCAGGGACCCUGAACCUGCUGGGAAUGCGCCAAGGACAGGACCUGGGCUACAGUGCGGCCUGGCUGCCAGAGUUGGGGCGGCGCCCCCCAAAUGCAAGGGUCCAGGGCCCGCCACUAGAGAACCGGAAGUGAUGCCGGGGGUGGCCCGAGCUCCAGGCUCGUCCCCUGGCUAGUGCCUGACCGGCGAGGGCCAAGCUUGGGCUGCUGUCCCCGGUGGGAUCCUAAGUCGGUCCUCGCUUGCCUCCCGCUCACAGUAGGUGGGGGGGGCUGGGGGCGGAGCCUGCCUCGAAUCGCCCAAUGACCGGACCUGGAAUGUAUGAGCUGGGAGAGGCCUUAGCUAAUUGGCCAGGUAGGGCUGGGUCUCGCCCUAUCCACUCCGGUGCCUCCACCUAACUGGCCAAUCAGCCUAAGAGGGGCGGGUCCCCGGGGCUGUCGCUCGGAUUUGCACUAAUAACCCGCCCCCACGAUGUGGGGGCGGGGAAAUUCAUUUCUGUGUCCUGUGCGUCCUCUGUCCCCAAUCUAAAAAGCAAUUGAAAAGGUCUAUGCAAUAAAGGCAGUCGCUUCAUUCCUA